UCCUAUUUUGUAACAGAUUAUGAUCCAACCAUUGAAGAUUCCUACACAAAGCAGUGUGUGAUAGAUGACAGAGCAGCCCGGCUAGAUAUUUUGGAUACAGCUGGACAAGAAGAGUUUGGCGCCAUGAGAGAACAGUACAUGCGGACUGGGGAAGGCUUCUUGUUGGUCUUUUCGGUCACAGACAGAGGCAGUUUUGAAGAAAUCUAUAAGUUUCAAAGACAGAUUCUCAGAGUAAAGGAUCGUGAUGAGUUUCCAAUGAUUUUAAUUGGUAACAAGGCAGACCUGGAUCAUCAAAGGCAGGUGACCCAGGAGGAAGGCCAGCAGUUAGCACGGCAACUUAAGGUAACAUACAUGGAGGCGUCGGCAAAGAUUCGGAUGAAUGUAGAUCAAGCUUUCCAUGAACUUGUUCGGGUUAUAAGGAAAUUUCAAGAGCAGGAAUGUCCUCCUUCACCAGAACCAACACGGAAAGAAAAAGACAAGAAAGGCUGCCAUUGUGUCAUUUUCUAAGAAUCUCUUCAGUUUUAGCUACCAACUGCCAGGGAAGGGCCUCCUCUCCUCCUCCUCUCCUUGUGGUUUACAUCAUGUUGGUACCCUUCUAGCCUUAGACAGAUGAUCACCAUGUUAGCCUUAGCCCACGAAGCCGGCUAAUCCUUCCCACGAAGCUCAUGCAAUGGUCCUUUCCAGGUCAAUGUAAAGGAAACACUAAGGCUGCUUCAAAGAUUAUUGAUUCCUCUAAAAUACUGUCUGCGUAUAUAGACACAUUCUUUUUUUAAGGGCUUACAUUUUAUUAGUGAUAAGUCAGUUUGGAACUGAAGUUGUUUGCCAAGAGGAAAUCAUAGGUUGUGAAAUACUU